AUGACAUCACCUUUUACGUCAUUGGAUGUGAACAUCAGCAAGAAGAAUGAGGCGGUGAUGAAUGCAUCAUCAGUACCACUAUCAUCUACCGAGCCGACAUCAGUACCUAUCAGCAAAUCGGAUGGGAUUGAGAAUACUGUUCACAACCAAAACAUCAGCAGCAACAAUAGCAACAACAACAACAACAACAGCAACAACAAUGGCAAAUCAUCAUCCCACCUGUCAUUGUCAUCGUUCAGUAGCAAAUCACCUCUUCCGCCAACAACAGGAAGGAUACACACAAAGACAACUACGCAGACGAACAGCAUUGACAAUAAUGCUAAUACUGCAGCUGAUGAAGUCAACAAACUAUCCGUUUCUUUUGCGGUAGAAACGACGACACUUUCUUUCAUGCUAUCUGAUGAUGAAAUUGAUGAUGACAACGAAGAUGAGCAAGACGAAUCAUCACCACAUGCAACCAUGACUACUACUACUACUACUACUACUAUUACGACUACUAAUUCACGUCGUCUCAGCGGCAGCAGCAUUUUGGAUGCGAAUACUACCACUGACGACGACGAUGAUGAUGAUGAUGACUUUGGCAAAUUGUAUCGUCGACCCAGGCGUCAGAGACGAUCCGUAGGCUAUUACAAGUGGUUGGCGACCAAUUCGCCCAAUGAAUACGUCGAUAUGAAUGGAAAUCCAAGGACUACCACUUUGAGUGGCAAUAGCUCUCAUUUGGACGAUAGUAUAGAUACCAAAUCAUCAUCCUCUGAAUACGAUGAAGAGGAAUCCGAAUAUGUCUUUGAUCAUGAUGAAGAUUUAGAUGACGAUGAUGUAGAAGAAAGAGAAGAAGCAACGAGUGUUAUUGUGAAUGGUGAAGAUAAGACAAUGGUGGAGCAGCCAGCUAGUGAGAAUGAUCCAUCCAGUGCUACCAAUGAAGCAUCACCAAGUAUGCCCGCAUCUCCGACAGUUGAUGCAAUGCCCCUACUGUCAUCUAGUACAUCCGAACAAGUGGCAUCGCCGUCUAGCACUGGAAUUCUGUCUGAACAAGUUGCAAAGAAUCAAAUCGUUUUGGCGACCCCACAGAGAAGAUCUCCAAGAAAGAGACAGUCCAUCAUGCCGUCCUUGUCAGAACAAGGUCAAGUGCAAGUGCAAGUGAAAACAUAUGCAGAUGCAGUCAAGAAAACAGCUCCAACUGCUGUACAAUCACCGGUACCAUCUUCCCCAGCAAGAAUCAUCCUAUCGGAACCAAUUGGACACAACAUCCAAAGAGUGGUCAUGACUACUCCAAUUCGACGAUCGCCUAGAAAGAGACGACCCAUUCAACGAGAUGAGACAAAGAUGGCAAUUGACCUUUUGCCUUCCAUUGCGGAACCACCGCAACCGUCAAGGAUGGACGAAUCAUGCAACGACACGAACAGGAAAGAUACUUCCACAAGAAGAGCUACUGUCGCAACACAGGAUGACCAACCAGAAUCAACGACGGCAGGAACUCCCAAGAAGCAAGAUUUAACAAGAGAAGCUUCGUCCACCAAUGGAAUUCUGUCACAGCCAGGUGGAAGCGUUCACAGAGUCAUUGUUACCACUCCAAUUCGAAGAUCUCCAAGAAAGAGACGUUCCAUUCAAGGAGAUGAGUCGUUCUCUGCAAUGCCUUCCAUUGCGGAACUAGCCCCGGCAUCGCCAAUUUCUGCAAAGAACCAACAACCAAGUCUGUCAUCGUCCACUGAAGCAACUAUUAAUACCAAUUCGGAAGGAAACAUCGAAAGGCCGUCGUUUUCCAACGAAAUCCUGUCCGAGCAACUUGGAAACCUGCAGAGAGUCAUUACUACACCGCUUCGAAGGUCUCCAAGGAAGCGACAGUCCAUGCAAGGAAAUGAAACGAUGGACUUCAUGUCAUCCAUUGCCGAAGCAGCGCUAUCGCCAAUCGCAAAGAUCUCUUCGCCAGCACAAGCCGUUCCGAAUGCCAAAGGACAAACGUCCAAGGUCACUAAGGAAAUGUCGUCAGUGACAAAGACAUUGUCAAAUGCUACGAUCCAAUCACCAGUAGACGCGGAAAUGAAUACUCCAGUGACUCAGUCACCAUUCUCAUCAACGUCCCAAGCAAAUAGUUCUGCCAAGAAGCAUCGAAUCGUCACCACACCAACCCGAAGUUCUCCUCGCAAGAAACGAGCUGUGGAAGCAGGCGAAACCGAAUGCGUCAUGUCUCCGUUUGCUACAGCAGAAUUGUCUCCGAUCAAAAGAGAAUCAACUUCGCCUACUGUGGCUACUUUUCAAUCUCCCAAGGCUCCUUUCCUUUCACCACAGCAAUUGCCGCCAACAAGUCAGAGUAUUCAAGUCCAAGAUUCGGCUGAAUGCGAAUCAGCAUCCACCUCACUGCUUUCUCAAUUCACAAAGUUACCACCACCGCCGGAAACUGAUACUUCUGUCACCAUGGAUGUUGAUGAGACCAUCAAGGUGAUGAAUGAAAGCGACUCCUCUUCUACCGAACAGGUGGAAUGCACUACACGACUAGAUCAAGCACUGGACCAUGGCCAAGACAGUGUUGAAAAAGAAGAAAAAUCCGAAGAAGAUGAUGAUGGAAAUGCAAGCGCAAGCAAGUCAUUUGUACUCGAAUACAGUCUCGAACAUGAUGAUGUCCCAAUCGAUUCUGGUUCAGUACAUGUUGAUGAAUCAUCGACCUCUCCAGUAUUGGCAUUGGUACAAUCCAAAUGCUUCAAGGUUCGAAUCGUCUACGAUGAAUCGCCACCUCCACUACCAAAAAGUAUUCUCCGAAGAAAGUUGAGAUAUACCAAAGCGUAUGGCAAUGAAGAAGUGGAGAUGGAUAAGAAGCAAGACGAUAAGGUGGAACAUGAAGAGGUUGAUGAAUCGGACAACACUUCUUCGUAUGGAAUCACUCUGCCAGAACUGAGGCAUCGCAUGGCAAUCCUUUUUCCAACGGACUACUCUGAACUGAUCCAAUCGUCUUGUGAUUCAGCCCGUUUGAUAGCAUGCUUCACCUUAUACAAAGACGCCUUGUUUGUUGAGAAUGAAUCAAUAACGCAUCCUCAGCAACAGCCAGCAAAGACUGCUGCUCGUGCAAGAACCCGACGACGAAGACUAUCUUUGGAAUGCAAAACUCCGGGAAUCAAUUACCUGCAACCGAUCAUGAUAUUGCUAAACGAACUUGUGCAGCUUGAAUUGGUUCAGUACCAGUCCAUGUCCAUGGCAAAAGAAACAAGUGAUGCAGCGUCCAACAGCAGCAGCAGUCUGUCAGAUGAUAAGGAAGGGUCGCACCGAGUCCAUUUUCCAGCGUUCGACGGUUCUGCCUUACAACCUCCCAGCGACGUCAUUGUAGGAUCCGAUCGAGUGCGUGAGGAAAGUAUCGAACAAUUGACCAAGGUUGUGAUGUCAUCACAGUCUCUGUUUGGUAGCUUGAUAGACGCAGAAGACCCACCAUCUGAAUCUUCAGCAACAAAGUUUGAUGUCGGUCGCAUGGCCAUUACUGUCCUGCAGAGCUUGGUACAUUAUCUUCAAACUGACUUUGUCACUCAUGGCCAUGCGGUUCCCUGUUCAUGGUCCUUCCCCUUGCAAUCCCAUACAGUUUCCCGAGUCGAGAAGGCUGCCCAGUCAUAUGCUCACGAUUUGUCUCAUGUUUUGAGAAAUUCACGAACGGAAGAGACUCCAACAUGCCUCACGUUCCCAAAUCCGUCGCACGAUGUAUCUAUUGCUUACCGAAUGUCCCAAUCCAGAGGUUGUGGCCCAUGGGAAUGCAGGCUGGCUGACACUGCGGGACAGCAGAUACGAUACUGGCUUCGAACGUUAUUGAAUCCCAUUCCCGAUCGUGCUCCACCAAAAAGUGCGAGCAAUUGCGCCAAGGCCAAGCAAUGGAGACGCCGAAUCUGUGAUAUUGUCGCUCUGUGUGUUGAAGAUGCUGAACAAUCCAUGGCCGUGGAAGAUGGAUCCAUGAGUUCGCUUGUCAGUGAUGCUCUAAGCUUUUUGCAUGCCCUCUUUGGAGCGUCAUCAUGGGAAGAUUUCAUUGCAGAAGGUGAUGAUGGUUUGGGAGUUCCAGAUGGUACCAAUACAAUAAGAGGCGACGUCUUCUUUUCGUCCACAAUCUCUCUGCGACAGAAUUUCAUCCAAGAACACCAAUGGAAUGACUUGGAGGAUGAAUUGAUUGCAGCCACUGAGUUCUUGGCAGCCAUGAACGGUGUUCGCUUCCUUUACGAGCUCUUUUCCAUUCUUGUGAAGGAACCAAAGUACUACAAGGUAUGGAAGAAGACCAUUCAAGAGCUUGCUGGAACCUUGGCAUUGGUGGACCAAGCAUGCAUUCAAGAAGAAGAUGUUCAGUUGCUAUUGUUACGAACUCCACUGGAGGAGAUCUUGAUAGUUUUGGAAAAGAUCUCGCAGCAACAUUCUACCAAAUACACCCAAUGUCAGAAGCAGCUGAAGGAAUUUUCCAAGCGCUUUGCCUUUGGCAAAAAGUCGAAACGGAAAAAGAGGCACCAACCCGACUUGAGUUAUCUGGAGACUGCCUACGAAGAAACCAUGGAAAAGAUUAACUUUCCCAGAGCGAUGAGACUAUAA